AUGCCCCAAGGCCAUGGGACAAGGCUGUCCCACCCCUCCAGGACCAGCAUAAAAGCCAGCCCAGAACCUCUCACACUCACACAGUCCUCCGGACUCGUUCUCCUCCUGUUCCUGCUGACAACAGGCACCCUCCACACCACACCCAUGGCCUGCUACAACCGCUGCAGUCCCUGCGGACCCACCCCGCUGGCCAACAGCUGCAACGAGCCCUGUGCCCUGCAAUGCCAGGAUUCCCAUGUCAUCAUCAACCCUUCCCCUGUGCAGGUCACCCUGCCAGGACCCAUCAUGACCUCCUUCCCCCAGAACACCGCCGUUGGAUCCACCUCCUCUGCUGCUGUGGGCACUGAGCUCAGUGUGCAGGGACAGCCCAUCUCUGGUGGCUUUGGUGGCUUUGGCUAUGGCCUUGGCUAUGGCCGUGGAUUUGGCUAUGGUCUGGGAGGCCUGGGCUGCUAUGGCAGAAGGGGCUAUGGCUACAACUGCUAAGUAGCCCUCGGCACCACUCAUGACAGCCACUCCCCGGAACUCAUCUCAGGCAUUGAAGACGCCUCUCUGAUCAAGGCUCUCAAUCAGGCUCAGCAUUUCCAGCUCCUGCUCUCAGGACACCAGCCAGGCAGUAGCCAAGGGGCCAGCCCAGGCUGCCUGCAAACCUGGCCCAUCUGCCUCCUCCUCUUCCUCCAUUCCCUGCUCUGCAUGGCCUCUUUGUCUGUGUGCAGUCUCCUCUGCUGCAAACCUCUUCUCCCAAGCCAGAGACCAUGAGACACCUCUGCUGGGCUGCUCCCUCUGUAAGGCAGAAAGUCUGGCACGAUCUCCUGCAAGCAAAGCAGCUCGACUGAUGGUCGCCCGACUUGCACCUCAGCCCAGCUCCCUUCCUCUGUCUGCUCCUGAAUUUUCACUGUUCUACCUCAAUAAAAUUUUUCUGCAUCAUA